AUGUCAUACAGGUUAAUCAAACUCAAUUCUGGCCAUACCAUUCCAUCAAUUGGAUUAGGAUGUUAUGAUAUUCCAAGAAACAAAACAGUUUCGGUAGUUUAUGAGGCUUGUAAGGUUGGAUAUCGUCAUUUUGAUACUGCUGUAUUAUAUGGAAAUGAAGAAGAAGUUAUUGAAGGGAUAAGUAAAUUUUUACGAGAAAACCCUAAUAUACCACGAUCUGAGUUUUUUUACACAACAAAGCUUUGGAAUAGUCAAUUGGGUACUUCAAGUACCAAACAAGCCAUUUCAACCAUGAUGGCUCAAGUUGGUGAUAAAUUAGAAUAUAUUGAUUUAUUAUUAAUUCAUUCUCCAUUACCAGGUAAGACAAAACGUUUAGAGAGUUGGAAAGUUUUACAAGAUGCCGUUGAAAAAGGAUGGAUUAAAAACAUUGGGGUUUCUAAUUAUGGUAAACAUCACAUUGAAGAAUUAUUAACAAAUUCAACCAUUCCUCCAGCUGUCAAUCAAAUUGAAAUUAGUCCUUGGUGUAUGAGACAAGAUUUGGCCACUUGGUGUUUAAAUAAAGGUAUCAAUGUUGAAGCUUAUGCUCCAUUGACUCAUGGUCAUAAAUUGCAAACCAAUAAUACUGAAUUCCAACAAAUCAUGCAAAAAUAUAAUAAAUCAGCAGCUCAAGUAUUGAUUAAAUGGUCAUUACAAAAAGGUUAUAUACCAUUACCAAAGACGAAAACCCCAUCACGAUUGAAGGAAAAUCUUUCUGUUGAUGAUUUUGAAUUGACUAAUGAAGAAAUUAAAGCAAUUGAUCAACCUGAUGCUUAUGAACCAACAGAUUGGGAAUGUACUGAUGCUCCAUAG